UCCAGCAGCCAGCUAGUCAGUUACCGUUCGGAGUGGAGAGGAGCUGGGUAACAUCUACAACUCUGUCAACUACAACUCGUUACCCAGAACACUGACUUCUCCUCAGACAUCCGGUCCAGUUCCUCUCCACCAUUGUCCCAUAUAAUCCUAAAUCAGAGCUGUUUCUCCAGUCCAGCAACUUCAACUGGAAUCAAGGUCUUGCCACAGCUGGUGUCUGCAACCAGAAGGCUUCUGUCCAGUCUCAGCAGAGUUUCUUUCAGUUUUCAGUGGAGGACACGUCCAGCGUUUCAAGCUGGACGGAGGAGAGACGAGUGGGGCCGACGGCCCAACCUUUGUGCUGCGACACAGAACUUCAAACCUCAUAGAAAACGCCGCAAAUUUUACACCAACAGAUCCCAUGAGUCCACGGGAGAAAGAAGACACGCCAACCUCAGGUUCUUCAGCCAGUCACCUCAGCACCACAGAGUACCCCUCACACAAUGGAAAUGUCCCAGAGUGUGACGAGGAGAGAAGGAUGAAUGAAGAUGACGACAGAGGAAGAGAAGAAGAGGAGAGGCUGCAGGAAGAGGAUGAAAAAAGCAGCGAUGAAGGUUUUAUGGGAAUGACUCCAUUGCUGCAAGCUCAUCAUGCCAUGGAGAGGGUGGAAGAGUUUGUACACAAGGUGUGGGAAGGUCGGUGGCGCGUCAUACCUCAUGACGUGCUCCCGGAUUGGCUAAAGGACAACGAUUUCCUACUUCACGGCCACAGGCCUCCGAUGCCUUCAUUUCGCGCCUGCUUCAAAAGCAUCUUUAGAAUCCACACAGAGACGGGAAACAUCUGGACACACUUGCUAGGCUGUUUGUUUUUCCUCUGUUUGGGUCUCAUGUACAUGUUCAGGCCCAACAUGUCUUUCGUGGCUCCAGUCCAGGAGAAGGUGGUAAUAGGAAUGUUUUUCCUUGGAGCCAUCCUCUGCCUUUCUUUCUCCUGGCUAUUCCACACGGUCUACUGCCACUCUGAGGGCGUGUCCAAAAUCUUUUCCAAGUUGGACUACAGUGGAAUUGCCUUCCUCAUCAUGGGCUCUUUCGUCCCCUGGCUGUACUAUUCCUUCUACUGCUCCCCUCAGCCCUGCUUCAUCUACCUUAUAGUGGUGUGUACACUGGGACUGGCUGCCAUCACCGUCUCCCAGUGUGACUUCUUCGCCACUCCACAGUACAGAGGAGUGAGAGCAGGUGUGUUUGUGGGCCUGGGCCUGAGCGGUGUCGUUCCCACCCUGCACUUUGUUAUCAGUGAGGGUCUGAUCAAGGCAACCACCAUUGGUCAGAUGGGCUGGCUGCUGCUCAUGGCAACACUCUACAUCACUGGUGCCUGUCUGUAUGCUGCGCGCAUCCCCGAGAGAUUCUUCCCUGGCAAGUGUGACAUCUGGUUCCACUCCCACCAGUUGUUCCACAUCUUGGUUGUUGCUGGAGCUUUCGUUCAUUUUCACGGCGUCUCCAACCUGCAGGAGUUCAGAUACACAGCGGGAGGGGGGUGCACUGAUGAUGGCACUCUUUAAUGCACACACCCACACACUGACUCACUCAUUUACUGACACACAUUUUACAGGGAAGCACUGAUUCAUAAUCCACAGAAUCACACAAGCUCCCCAGACAGAAAUGCACUCAUGCUCUCACCCCUACAACAGAAGACCGAAGUGGCUUUUCCUGCUGCAUAACACACAGGAUGACCUCCAGGGGUUUGCUGUUUAAACUGACUGCCUCUCUGUCUGUCAGUCUGUCCAUCGCCACCUCUUCUGGCUUUGUUGCUUUGGCUAUAAAACCAAUUCUGAGACAGCGUGUUUUGUAAAGCAGUUUUUGAGACUUGUUGGGAGGGUGCGUGACAUUCAAAGCUCCUCUCCAAUAGUUCUACAUUUUAUUUUAGGAUUAAUUAUCUGAUUACAGGAGGAAACUUUUUUUAAAAACAUAUUUUGGGGUGUUUUUGCUGAAUGCUGUUUUCCAAUUCAAAAAAACAACAAAAAAAAAAAAUUGAGUGGAAGUGUGUUUGUUUCUUCUUUGAUUGCGCAGGUUUGCAAUGGGGUAAGAGGUUAAUAGUCACUUUUAAAAGAGAGAAAAAAAAAAUCUUUUUCAUGUAAAUAAAAUUUCUAAAUUUUGGGUUAUAGAUUUGUAUUAAAUAUAUUUUAAAAAAAUACAGAAAAAAGAUGCUAUAAAACAAUGACGAGAAUACAUAAAUAUGUUAGAUGAUAAGUCAGUUAAAGAGGAGGAAAGGCGUUAUAUCUAUAGAUGUACAGUGGAGAAAAAAAAGCAGGUCGUGGGAAGCUCUUCUAACAACUUUAUGUCAUCUGUGUGUGAAAGAUGGAUGUUUUUGGGCACAUCUAAAUCCUGUUUACACUGUCUUCGGUGUAGGUGGGAACUCUGGGUAAAGUUGACCUCUGGUAUAAAAACCAUAAAACAUAAAAAAGAAGGCAACACCGUUAUUAUCCCGACCUCUUUUUACAGUCUGUGUGAGUGUGAACACAUUUCUCAGAGACUUGGGGCUUCACAGAUUUGUACUUAACCAAAAUCUUAAAUUGGAACUGUGAUAUAGAAAAUAAAAACCUUUAUGUAGCGGUUUUCAUUUCUCUUACUGUAAAUUGUAACUAAAGAUAAAGCUUAUUUCUAUUCCACCAGUAUGUUUAUUUUUUCUAUGACAUGCCCUCAAAUGAUUUAUUAAAACACAUCUAACAUAGCUGAGAUAUUUUUUAUAAACAAAGCCCCAAUCGUAUCUGUUAUUUAGCUAUAAUUAUAGUAAAACUGCAGUGCUACUUUAAUACAGAAGCAGUUCAUUUUAGCCCAUUUAGUACAUUUAAUUAGAUUCACUUCCACACUUGACAGUAAGAGUUUAAGAAAUGUUUUUUUUCUUUCUCCUUAAAUUGAGUUGUAUCUUUAUUUAUCCACUAUUAUGAUAUUGCAAGCUUUAAUUUAAUGGUUUUUUUUUCUGUCCUCUUUUUUUUCAUUGUAAUGAAUUUCAUCAGGUGACCUGAAGUUAUGACAGUUUCUCUCGUGUGAAAAGUUACAAAAAAAGGAAAAAACAAACAAAAAAAGCCAAAAAAAACCAAAACAACAAAAAGAAAAGAAAACAAAAAGCAACAGAAUAAUUUCAAAAAGUUACAACUUCUUCAAGGGCUCACAAAUGGUCUCAAGUAUUGAGACUUCACUUGGUGAUUAAUACAAGCUGAACUUUUUGAAUCUGAGCUUUCUGGAAAUACCAAAAUCUUUUACCUGCACAGUGAAAACAAAAUGUAUUCUGAGUUGUCAUAAAUUUUGUUUCCAUGAUUGUUUGAAAUGUCAUUUUACAGGUUUCUUAAGAGCAAUUGAAUUGAUUUGCUCUUUGCAUCAUACAAUUUAUUACUUGGAAGAAGAAAUAUAAUUCCCCCCUCAUUUCCUGUUUCCAUUUUAUCUCGUUUUUAUUAAUUUAUUUCUCUUGCGGAGUGCAUAUUGUCUGUUCAAGCACAUAUUUCAAACUGAUGGGAGUGUUUGAUUGCAAUAGACCUUUAUAUCUGCUGUAUUCUAAUAAAAAGGUUUUUGACUCUG